UCGCAUAAUCUGUUGUUUUUCAUCUCAACACAGAUACAGACGAAGAAGAAUUCCAAACAGAAACAUGGCGGAGUUGUGGCGUUACGGAACACUUUGGGUGAACUUGGACUGGGUUUAGUUUUCAUAACCUUAUUUUCUUUAACUCCGUGCCGACCGGAACUAUGGCUCACCGAUACCUGAGGCUGUCGGCGGGCUGCCGGAGCCUGUUCCGCCUGCUGCCGCCCCCCGGAGCUCCGACAAGGCUGGUGAUGCUGUCGACAGCUCCGGGGCAGGUGGAAGGGGGGCGGAGACUACUUAAUGACCUACUGGGAGCUUAUUGGAGGCUGAGCUCCAAACCCCCGAAAGGCUUUGAAAAAUAUUUUCCUGACAGUCAGAAAAGUGCGAAGAACUCCGAAGCUGAAGCUGCGAGUAAAGAGUCCAAAUCUGCCAGUGCCCCAAAAUCAUCUGGAAAGAUGGGAGGGGGCGGGGCAUCAGGAGGGGGUGGGUCUUCAGGAGGAGGAGGAGGAGGAGGGGGUAAACGAGGAGGUCGUAAAGAGGACUCACACUGGUACAGUCGCCUGCAGAAGGGGGACAUUCCCUUGGAUGACAGGGAGUUUCGGAUGUUCUUACUGAGUGGCGUGGCGUUCUGGGUAACCGUAACCUACUACUUUUUCCUGAGGGAUGGUGCACGGGAGGUGACCUGGAAGGACUUUGUCAACAACUACCUGUCCAAGGGGGUGGUCGACCGAUUAGAAGUUGUCAACAAACGCUACGUCAAAGUAGUUUUCGCCCCCGGGAAGACGCCGGUGGAUGGGCAGUACGUCUGGUUCAACAUAGGCAGUGUCGACACAUUUGAGAGGAACCUUGAGACCGCUCAGUACGAGCUCGGCAUCGAGGGGGAGAACCGGCUGCCCGUGGUGUACUCCACAGAGAGCGACGGCACGUUCCUGUUGAACAUGCUCCCCACAGUGCUGAUUAUCGGCUUCCUGGCCUUCAUACUGCGCCGCGGCCCAGCAGGGACUGGGCGUCCCGGCCGGGGAAUGGGCAGCCUUUUCAGCGUCAGUGAGACGACAGCAAAGAUCCUGAAGGACGAGAUCGACGUAAAGUUUAAAGAUGUGGCCGGAUGUGAGGAGGCUAAGCUAGAGAUCAUGGAGUUUGUCAACUUCCUGAAGAACCCAAAACAGUACCAGGACCUCGGAGCCAAAAUCCCAAAGGGAGCCAUCCUGACCGGGCCUCCGGGAACAGGAAAAACUCUUUUGGCCAAAGCGACGGCUGGGGAGGCCAAUGUGCCCUUCAUCACAGUGAAUGGCUCGGAGUUCCUGGAGAUGUUUGUGGGCGUCGGUCCUGCCAGGGUCAGGGAUCUGUUUGUCAUGGCGAGGAAGAAUGCUCCGUGCAUCCUCUUCAUUGAUGAGAUUGACGCCGUGGGCCGGAAACGUGGGCGCGGGAACUUUGGCGGGCAGAGUGAGCAGGAGAACACUCUGAACCAGCUGCUGGUGGAGAUGGAUGGGUUCAACACUGCCUCCAAUGUAGUUGUUCUAGCCGGAACCAACAGGCCAGACAUCCUGGACCCGGCUCUAAUGAGACCCGGCCGCUUUGACAGACAGAUUUACAUUGGUCCUCCUGACAUCAAAGGACGAGCAUCCAUCUUUAAAGUUCAUCUGCGUCCUCUGAAGCUGGCUACAGAUCUGGAUAAAGAGGCUUUGGCUCGGAAGAUGGCCGCCCUCACACCUGGAUUCUCAGGCGCAGAUAUUGCCAACGUCUGCAACGAGGCCGCUCUGAUCGCAGCCCGUCAUCUGUCAGACACCAUCAGCCAGAAGCAUUUUGAGCAGGCUAUUGAGAGAGUCAUUGGAGGUCUGGAGAAGAAGACCCAAGUUCUGCAGCCAGAGGAGAAGAAGACUGUGGCGUAUCAUGAGGCCGGUCAUGCUGUGGCUGGAUGGUUUCUGGAACACGCUGACCCUCUUCUAAAGGUGUCCAUCAUUCCCAGAGGGAAGGGUCUGGGUUAUGCUCAGUACCUUCCCAAAGAGCAGUACCUCUACACCAAAGAGCAGCUUCUGGACCGCAUGUGCAUGACCUUGGGGGGUCGGGUGUCAGAGGAGAUCUUCUUUGGACGGAUCACCACAGGAGCUCAGGACGACUUACGCAAAGUGACGCAGAGCGCCUAUGCACAGAUUGUUCAGUUUGGGAUGAACCCAAAGGUGGGUCAGGUUUCCUUCGAUCUGCCCCGACAGGGAGAGAUGGUUUUGGAGAAACCGUACAGCGAGGCCACGGCCCGUCUGAUCGACACAGAGGUCAGAUCCCUGAUCAGUGAGGCGUACCAGAGAACCAAACAGCUGCUGCAAGACAAAAAGGGAGAGGUGGAGAAGGUGGCACAGCGGCUGCUGGAGAAGGAGGUUCUGGAUAAGAAUGACAUGGUGGAGCUCCUGGGGAAGCGACCGUUUGCUGAGAAGUCGACCUACGAGGAGUUUGUGGAGGGAACUGGAGGUGAGGAAGAGGACACAACACUCCCAGAGGGUUUAAAGGACUGGAACCAGGAGAGAAAGGAGCGUGAAGAGAGCCAAGAGGAGCAGGUGGCUCGUCAGAUUUCUGGAGGAAUGCCCUUCUAGGGUCUUCACCUGAUGGACUAGGCUCCACGUUACCACGACAUCAAUCAGAAAUGUCAUAAACUGCCCAAGGUCCAGAGACUUGUUUGGAUAUUCCUCACUCUCUCUUAUCUGGAACCAUUUAUCAUCAGCACCAAACACUGGGAUGUUUCUUGCAAUAAUUUGUUGUUCUGUUGGACUCUAGUUGGUUCUGCCGACCCAGUCAAAGCCCGUACACAUGUAUAGAAGCUGUCUCAUCUCAUCUUCAGAGAACCAGGAGAAUGCUACCCACACUUAAAAUUUUCAUCUGCUGAUGCUUUGAGCUCCACCAACUCCAUUUCGCACAACCAUAUCUGCAGCUUAGAAGCUGCAGAACCACGAGGUUGAGAACAGUUGUAGAAUAAUUCUGUCAGUUUGAACACCACUGAAACAUAGACUGCUAUAUUCUCUCAAAUGAUUGAGCUCAUGUUCAGUUCAAAAGCCUCAUCCAGCUGUUUUCUGCGCUGUCAUCCAGGUUCUCAGCUCUGACUUUCACUUGUAUUGGAAGACUUUCUUCUAUUUUUUGUGACGUUAUGAAUCAGACCUGGAUGGACUCUGAGCUGUAAAACCAGAAAGGCUUGGGUGUUGGAAAAGCUCUGUAAUAUUUCGAAGCCUGGAUUGAAUCCAGAGCUGUUCUCCAGAACGUGAAGGUAGCAGAUGGCUGAAGUUUUCAGUGGAACACUGAAUUAUUUAAAUCUGAGUUUAAAGUGCAGGUUGUACUUAAUGCAAGUUAAUAGUCUGAAGUAUUGUUGAAGAACAUCAUAAUGGUUAUAAUGAACUCUUUCAUCCUCAUUAUCUUUGCCACUGUUGCCAUGGUAACCGUGCUGCAGGUGUUUAAACGCAAUCUGAGCUGAUCAGAUAUUUAAAAGCAGUCAAUUGAUUGCUGCUGGCUGCUCUCGAUGUAAACAUGUAAUAUGAUGAUAGCAACAUUUCAGUGUGAAAUUAAGUUUUAAUAAAGUCAGAAAACUUCAAACUGAGCAAUAACUUUCCACCAAGAUUGCAGACUAGGAGUAAUAGUCAGUCUGACUCCUUUUGGAAAAAUCUUCAGAUAAUUUAACUUCAGCUUGUGUCUAAAUGACAGAAACACAAAAAUACAACAGAGACUGGAAACAGUACAGUCUGUAGAAGCUCAAAGUGCAUUUGAGUUAACAUGUGAGCAAUUAUCUGCUGCUGCUUCUUCUUGCUGGGAUUUUAUUAAAGUGGUGACAUGAAUCUUUGAUUGUAUAGAGAACUAGUUAGAAGCUGGAGACUUUUGUGUAAAUGUUACAGAGAGGCUAAAGUAAUUAACAAGGAUUUUCUAAGAAAAAAAAGAAAAAAGCGAGCAGGUUAGCCAUUAAUACAUUUAUUUAACGUUUAAACAAAAGCUAAAACUAGGUCAAUCUUUUUUAAAUGAGUAGGCACAAUAAUAUCAAUAAGACCUCAUGCCAAAUUAGUUUAAAAACAGCAGAAAAUCAAACACUGUAAACAUGAGUUGUGAUAAUUUAAAAUAACAUUGUUAUUCAAAUAUAAUAAAAAUCUAUAAUUCAUGAUCUGGAAAAAAAAAGAAAUAAAAA